AACAUACCUGCUUUAGGCUCCUUGCAUAAAGACAAUGGCCUGGACCGUCUCUUUGCACCGCACAAGCGCCUUGCACAGAACAGGGCUUGCGCCGAAAAAAGCUACCUGCUCUGCUAGGUCUCCUUGCAUCCGCACACUGGCCAGCGCAGCGCCGCAGCAGAAGCGCGAUGGGCCCCUUGUGAAGAUCUGCGGCAUCACGAACGCGGAGGAUGCGCAGCAUGCGGUGCAGUCAGGGGCAGACCUGCUGGGCAUGAUCAUGUGGCAGAAGGCCAAGCGCGCUGUGAGCGCCGACACAGCACGCGCCAUCGCGGCUGUGGCGCGGGGCGCGGGUGCCAAGGCGGUGGGCGUGUUCGUGGAUGAGGAUGCAGCAACCAUCUCGGCGCGGUGUCGUGAUGCGCAAAUCCCUAUUGCGCAGCUUCACGGAGACGGCGCCAGGGCCGCGCUACCCGACCUGGACCCCACCCUGGAGGUGGUGUAUGUGCUCAACUGCGCGCCUGACGGCACCCCGCUCACGCCGCCGCCCAGCGAGCUGCUGCGGGGCCUGGGGCGGGCGGGAGCGCGGCUGCCGGACUGGGUGCUGGUGGACAGCGCGCAGGGCGGCUCGGGCCAGGCUCUGGACUGGCGGAACCUCAAGGUGCCCGCCCACGAGGCCCGGCAGGGCUGGCUGCUGGCGGGCGGGCUCAACCCGGACAACGUGGCCACGGCGGCAGGGCUGGCCCAGCCGUCGGCGGUGGACGUGUCCAGUGGCGUGUGCGGGCCGGAUGGCCUGAAAAAGGACCAUGGCAAGGUGUCGUCCUUCAUCUCCUCCGCAAAGGCGGUCAAGUAUCACUGAGCCUUGCCGUUAGCAGAAAGGAGUAGAUCGGUUUUGUUAUCAAGCGGCCAAACGCCGGUGCACGUGCCGAGUAGUGUGGUGCGGCUGUUGCAGGCCAGGUACAUGGACUCUUAAAGAAGCCGCUUGCUGGAUAGAGCGCUGGGCUGCUUGGAGAUUGCAUGUGAUAGGGCUUAAGGAGUCGGGCUGUCCCUUCACUUGUAAUCUGCAUCCUUG